AUGACAAUGGAAACAACCAGUCUGGUGCUGGAUGACACACCUGUGGUGUUGUCCCCCAACCCAUUGCCCAACCCAGAUCUGACUCCCCCCACCCCAUCUCCUGCAACCAAUACUGAUGAUCCCAAUGCCUAUGUUGAAAAACUGUUUCAUAACUGGGCCAAAAAUUCACACCUUGCAUUUCUCAACAACCAUCUGUCCACUUACUGCAAACAUGUCAAUCAAGGCAAAUCACAAGCAACUGACUAUGUAUAUGAGGUCAUGCAAGAAUAUUUCCAACAUUAUCACUGGAAAAUGAAGAUAUCAGAUGAGCCUUCAGAAAACAAUCCUUUGCAAAUGGAGUCAGAUGAGUCUCUUUCCCCAAUUGAACUGAAGCAAAAAUUGCAAAAGAUUCUUGUGAUGCAGAAGGCUAUCAAGAGCUGGCUAGACUAUCAUGCUAAGUCCUUGAAGAAGUUGAUUUGGCAUAAGGUUGGGCUACCUAGCAGCAAGAUGGUGACCUUUCAUGAUAGGAUCACACACAAACAUUUCAAGAAACUAUCUGAAGAAGAACAGAAGCAUUGGAGAGAUACAGCACAAGCCAAAGGUGAAGCAGCAGUGAAAGAAUGGAGUGAUCACCUUGCGGUUCCUCCUUCCACAUCUUCCAUUGAUAGACAAGUAACUCAGUUAGGGCUCUGGAUAACCUCGCACCUUUGCUGGGCUGAUUCUUGCUGGACCCUUGCAUAUACAAGGGUCAGUGGACCUGAACCUUGCAAGCAAGGGAAAAUUACCAUUGUUAGUAUGCAUGAAGGCAUUGACUUAAGUCCCCAACCACACAAUUGGCAAACUCGGGACAAGACCAAGUUCAAAAUGGUCACCAAGUCUUUUCAAAAAUACCUAUCACACACCUAUACUAAGCAGGACUGCAAUUCCUGUUGCCUCCUGGACAAUUUAGAUAGCUUGUUCACUAUUCCACAGGAAGGCAACCAAUCUGAUACUGAAGAAGAACAUGAAGCAAAUGAAUUGACCACAGCCAAAUAUAGACCCUGGAAGAAAUUGAAGCAGCAAGGUAAGAAACAGGAUGUGCUUCUUGGUGCAAGGCUUCUGAGGCUUCUGAGCUCCAUGGAUAGUGAAGAUAAACGUCAGGGUUCCAGAUGGGUACUUCCAUUUUCACCACCCAAGGCAAACCAAGAUGUAACGUACUUUAAUCCACACCACCAAAAAACAGCUCAAAAACACCUUGAAGCAAUGAAGAAGGGUUGCCUGGUCAACAUGCCAUCUCCUGCAUCUGAAAUACCAGAUUGUUUGUCCAAAGUGUUGUCUUGUGUGUCUGAAGUACCAGAUGACAUGGAGGAAAUUGACCAACUCGAUGAAGACAGCUCCAUUAUCAAUGGAAUCACAUCUGCUGCCAUAAUUGAGCCACCUGCUGCACCUUUUGAUGACAAUCUCAUUGAUCCACAUCUCAGAGAUGACCUUGGGAUGGCUGUUAACCAACUGCCUGCUUCACCUGGAAUCACAUCUGCCACCAUAAUUGAGCCACCUGCUGCACUUUUCAAUGACAACCUCAUUGAUCCACAUAUCAGAGACGAUCCUGUCAUGGCUGUUAACCAACUGCCAAAGCCUAUCAAUAAUUAUGACAUGGAUGAGACACCUUCUGCCAAACAAGACACAGAAGGGGCUGUGGAUGAUCAUGACAACCCUCUUAACACGACUCUUGACAAACAUGUGGUUAACUUAAAUCGGGUUAUGGACAGUAUGUAA